CGGUUUUCGAGGAGGACGUAAUUUGUGUCUUGUCAUUGCUCAAAAGCUUUGUGCCGUUGGUCAGCAUGUUUGUGCCUUUGCAACCAUUCAAGGGUCACCAGUGGCACGAGUAUUCGCUUGUGCUGCCAGUUGUGUCUGUUGGCAACGCAGCUCAGCUGGCAGUGGACCUGCUGCUGUCGACGCUGGAGACUGAGCUGGUCGGCUACAUCCACUCGACGGCUCUCGUGCCCCUCGUUGGUGGAAAUCCGUACCGCGUCGGCGACCAGAGGCUCGCCACAGCGUGUCAAGUCUAUGUGUGCCACCGGAGCAGGCUUCUAGUGGUGCAACAGAGGACACCAGUUUCAGCGAACUGUCGCACCGAGUACCGCCAGUUCUUAACGGAAUGGAUCAAGCAGGAGAGGUUCCGUCUGGUCAUCAUGCUUUCCAGCUGCCUUUCACAGUUCACCAACCCCUCCGACCUCCCUAGGUACUCAGUGCACUACUACUGCACUCCAGCAGUUGGCGAGCCUGUGGAGGCUCAGUUGCGGGCACUGAAUUGGACACGGCUGGAGAAGCAGGACCCCGUCACGCGGGAACGCAACCCAGAUGGUGUGCUGCUCAUGCCUGGAUCGGGUAUCACUCGAUCUCUGCUCGACAAAUGCGUGUCUGAUGAGAUUCCUGUUGUCCUUCUACUUGUGUACUGCUCCGAGGGAGACAACACGCCGGACGCAAUCUUGUUGGCAGACCGAUUAGACGAGUGGCUGCACCUCUGUCAGCCACCAAGCGAUGGUGCGGAACAGAGUGGACGACGAGGGCCGUGGCAGACGCCAAUCUCGUGGAGCUUGCUCUUCGGCAGUGCUCCGCCAACAAGCAUCUAUUAGUCUGGGUGUCUCAUCAAGCCCCUGAUUUGUGGUGAUGCAACUUGCCAGGGAAGAGUUCACGCGUGCAUCGUCAUUAUGGUUACGUUGUCGUAUGAGACAUUAACAUAGAUGGGAAAUAUGCCGUACAGACGCUCUCUUUUAGCUGAAACAUAAUGGAUGUGAAACAGGAUAGAAAUAGCAUAUUGUAACAUAAAUAGCAACCAAAGUUUACUAUGAAACUUGAGUAAUUUUGUUAACAAGAAAAUAGUUGCUGUAUCCAUCCUUGACAAUUUCCAACAUAUAUCUGUUUUCACUUUAUCUUAUGCGUACUAAAGUGUCACUGUGCUCUUUGGUCGCCUUGUUCUUUUUUGGUCACCUUGAUCUUGUUAGUUGGUGGACGGGUGAUUCCUGUGGCAUUCUCUGUUUUUAUCAUGCGUAGCUUCCGUUAAAGUUUCGGUGGAAAGAAGGCCGUAUGCGACGUGUUUCUUCUCUGAAUUCUUUCUACUUGCCCACUGUUGGCUUCAACUUGCUCAUUUUUUUUUCUGCUGUGGUUUCUCAUUUCAAGAAUCAUCUGUCACACAUCACUAUGUGCAUUUGCUUUUCAAGUGGACACUCCUAGACCUCAUGGAAUGAGGUUGUGCAGGUAAAGCCACGAUGGCAAACGUGCAGCAGAAAAAAAACUGAAUUCAGCGCUUGUAAUAUCUUGACUAGUGUUCACUUCUCAUUAGGUUGUAAGUCUGACACUUCAGUUGGAGAAAUUACCAUCGUAAUUGUCUAAAAUUUUAACAUCGAGUUGUGUAAUAUAGAUUCCUCGUCAGAUCGUCAUGUUCACUUUGGCCAUAGGGAAUAAAUUUAUAUUAGUAUAUUUUAAAUUUUAUUCAAAUAAUUAGCACAGUGAUUAAUUGUCAAUUGUUUUCUGUGGAACCCACAGCUGAAAUCUCAUUUUUGAGAAUUGCCCAUUCUGUAUUAGGACAUCCAUUCCUCUUUUGCCCAAAUAAAAAUUUCGUGCCAUCAGAUUUGUUAUGACGUAUACGAUAUAAAAAACAGGUUUCAUGCGUAUCAGCAUUUCAGUCUGAUUACACCUUGGUGCUGCGAAACUGAUCAAUAGCCUUGUAAUUUGUCGAAUAAUCGUACGUGUAAAGUUAGUAGUUUGCUCUUUACUCCUAAGUAUGCGGUCGCAUGACGGGUCUUCUUUGUUUACCGCUCUUGAUGGUGAUAUUGCGUAAUAAGCUGGCAAGUUCUCGCCCGAAACUAACGGAAGGUUGAUGGAUAUACAAAGACGGGUGCUUGUCUGUUUGAAUAUCUGAAGCGCAAGUGGAGAAGUUUGACAGAGCAGGUAUGUUUUAAGCUUGAAAACAGCUCUACUUUUUUUUUGUGUCUGGUCUUUGGUACACAUUAUUAGUCUGUAGAAACGUCCAACAGGAAUCGGGACGCGGCCAAAAAUUAGAAUCUCAGUUUAUUGUAAAUGGCAAAUCCUCAACUAAUAAAUGGGCAUUAGCUGUUGGAAAAAGGGUGUUGCAGUUUCAAAAUUUUCUAGCUUGAAUACUUCAUCAGAAGUAGAUGAUCUAAGCGCAUGUAGUGAUGUAAAAGUUAACGCUGUUGCUUUUCACUAGAGUUGUAUCCACCGACAUUGCGACACAUCGAUGCCUAAGUUUGUAAGCUGUGGAUAUGUACAGCUUCUGCGAGGUACUGACACCUUGAACCUUAUUUAUGUGUGCUUAUCUUUGCUUAUAUUAUGGUGCAUACUGAGCGCAUUCAAGUCGCUCAGCAUCGUCGAUCGUACUACUCAUACGGGUAAGCCUGUUAGUAUCUUGUAGUGAUGUCAUCUCUUUACUGAGAUGAAAUUAAAAUAGAGCUCGCGUUUGUUGUGCGAUAUUGCCUCCCAUUUGCUGGAAUCGAAAAGCCAAGUUGUGGGGCAUUUUUCGUGCAACUUCUUGGGUCUUGCUAACCCAACACAAAAAAACAUGGACAACAAAAUGUAUAGGUUUGGGCAUUAUUGGUUUAAAACUUUUUGUGAACGACACUAGAUGGUGGUUCAGCAGUGUGUUGCAUGUUUUAAAGUACGCACACUCUUGCAGACAUUGUGCACCAACAUUUAAAGAAGCACCUUCUAAGUAUGUAAAACACUGCUUUGCUUUGCUGGAGCAAGAAACGAGAUGGCAUGGGCGUUCACAGGAUUUUGUCUUUGGGGUGCAAAACCUGUUUUCAUCCUACUGAGUAGGGCGGAGGAGUGCUGGUGGUAGGCAGGGGGGUGGCAAGUGCCCCUUUUGCACCUCCCUCUCGAUGCCCAUGGAUGACACGGUACUGUUCUACUGUGUGCUACAAAGUUUCAGUGCCAGAUUGCUAGUCAGGCACAUUGGACUUGUAACUAAGCGUGCAUGGAAGCUCUGUCCACAGAAACUGGGUUCGUUAAGGGGAAGCUCUAUAGAAAAAAGCGACUGGGAAAACUUGACACGAGCUUAAGUCGGCAAUCUAUACGCGCUGAAUAUGGCUACAUUGUUGAUAAUAAGACUGUACUUUUUAGUGUACUGAAAUCAUUUAUAUUGUGAACAACUACCAACCUUCAAUCAUGGACGUGUACAUACCUGUUUGACUAUUGUUCAGUAAAAUGUGUGUUAUGAAAGGCU